AGCUCUGUCAUGUGACGGUUCGUGCGUUUGCAGCAAAGAUUUUCACAGUCAACAGACAAACAAAAGCAAAAACUCCACUUUUGAGACUGAAAACCUCACAAAGAGUAGACUGAACCUUCUGGACGGAUAUUAUGGGGUGCUGUUACAGCAGCGAGAGCGACACGACAGAGGAGGACCAAGAUGCAGGGAAGCCACUGAUUCCUGACCCGAACCUAGACAGAAAACUGCCCUAUGGCAAGGAGCGAAAUGCCGACAGCCUGCCGUCCAACCGCACAGACGAGCAGGCCCUGCUCACGGGCAUACUGCAGCGGACAGCCUUGAACAUAAUCGACGUGUCUGCUGUUGAUUCUCAAGGCAUGGAACAACAUGAAUACAUGGACAAAGCCAGACAGUACAUUACGAAGCUGGAGGUAUUGAGCAGAACAGUCUCUCAGAAGAAGCCGGUUCCUCUUCCAUCACUGACCAGCCAACCUCACCAGGUGCUUGCCGCUGACCUGGUGCCCUACGCAGAUGUACAACAGGUCUCAAAGAUCGCUGCAUACGCCUACAGCGCCAUCUCACAAAUUAAAGUAGACGCAAAAGAAGAGUUGGUGGUGCAGUUUGCUAUACCAUGAUUUAAAAGACAGACCCCUUCCCCCCCAUGUCCUCUAUCUCUAUUUUUCUCUCUAGUAUAGCCCAGUUCUCCCCCAUUCUCCCUUCAAACUUCUCUGUUCCUGAAUUUAAUAGAAAGUCACAUACUGAUGGAUUCGUUCUCUGAAUGUGCUGCAGAUAAAUAUAAUUAAUCCAGACCAUAGCUCCUUGUGUAAAUCUGUAACAGCGCUCACCCCGGACACCCUCAAGUACCCACCGCACAGAGGAAAAGGGUUAAAGCGUUUAACAUAGCAUCUGAUCUACUACUCGUGCUAGGAUGAAUUGUGAUUGAUCGUUGAUAUGAAGGUGAUUGGCCUCGUUCGGUGGUAGUUCUUCAGGUUUAUUGAAGCAUCAACCAAACACUCUCACAACAAAUAACACAAACAUAUAAAACUCAUCGGUGGCGUCAAGCUGCCACGAUUCAUUUGGUGAUUUGUUUCUACCGCUGUUGUCCUUGGAAUGUCCUGACUGGUCGGAGGUUGUCAAACCAAAUUUUAUUUGCAUUUGGUUCCACAAUGUGCUGAACACAACCACACAUACUGUACUCGCAGCUUCAGUUGUAGAAUUUAUCUUAUACAGGCCAGAAACUGUACUAAAGUAAAAAUCCCCCAAUCUAAAAUGUGCAGACUUUUUGUUGGAUAGUAUUGUAGUGUCUUAACACAGAGGCUGUUGGGAAGGUUUUGGUUCAGCACUGUCCUCUAUGUCAUUCAGUUACACUGCAAAAAAUAUUUUUCUUAAAGGAAUAUUCUGGGAUCAAUACAAGUUAAGCUCAAUUAGCAGCAUUUUGGGCAUAAUGUUUAUUUCCACAAAUAAAAUUUAUUUAAAAAAAAAAAAAAAAAAAA